AUGUUAGAUCAUAUAUAUCAUUUAUCAACCUCCAACGAUUUUCCAAUUGAAAUAUCACAAAAGAUUAUGAGCUUCUUGGCAGACCUACAAUUGAAUCGCUUGGAUAUAAUUGGUACAGCACCGACAGCAUUUGCUCAUUCCCUAAAGCUUAGAAUUGAGUCUACGAUUGCCUUAUAUGGGAAGAAAAUUUGGAACUGUUUAUAUGAAAUUCAAUCAGAAAAAGGAAUUAGAAACUUUUCAAGAAUGCAACAUCAUUUGAGUCAUUCUGGUAUCUCUCUAGCUAGAGAUUGGCCUAUCAGUUAUCAUAAAAAGCUUUUUGCUUUUUGGAUUUUGCACUUUGAGCUUUAUUUAUCAGCAAGGGGUGAACUUCAGAAUGUUUUAGAGACUCAAUUUGUUCUCAUCAACUCAAUCAAGAAAUCACAUCUGUUCCCUCUUAAAGAUACAGAAUGGGGUGAUGUUUUUAUUGGUAGAGCUGAUCUGGAAAGAAAAUCUUAUAUAAACACUAUUGUAAGAUAUAUCCAAUCCUUGGAAGAUGAAGUACCAGUUGAAAGGUUUCUUAAAAUACAGAGACAAGAUAUAUCAAAUGGUAUAAAAAUAUUUGGUAAGAAUUGGAAUUUUUCAGAAAAGAAAAAAAUUCUUGAAUUUUGGUUCAAUUCUAUGGAACUGUUUCUAAGGAUUAGAAAAGAAUCUAGCUCAAAUGAAAUGAAGAUUGAAUUAGAAAGUUUGAUAUGCAAAGACCUGAAAGGAACCAUCAUGGCUGUUAAAGAAUUUUUUAGUCAGGAAGGUCACUUUUUGAAUUCUUCUAGUAAAGAUCCUUUACUUCCUCAAUUCUGUACUUUUUAUUACAAGAAUGUUCAGCCUUCCAUUGUAGAGAAACAUAUAUGA